UAUUCUCAUUACAAAAGCAGACAAGAUUCACGAGUAUAUGACAAAAAAAGAAAUUAAAUCAGUUUUUGGUGUGGAUCAUAAUAAUGUACCUAAUUUAGAGUACGAAGUAGUUCCUGUCUACCAUACUCUUGAUGGCAAUGAAAAAAAAUCAGCAAAAUCCAUGAAUUUUAAGGCAUUUAAAAGAAAUUAUACAUUGCAAUUACAAAAAAAUGAUGGUGUACUCAUUGGAUCUGAAACCCCCAUUUACAUUGCCAGAAUUUCACCAAAAAACGAAUCGGCGAUAAUUUACGAAAAAAUGAAAUUUCCUUUACCAAAAGAUUUGAAACUUUACCACGAUGUUCAUGAGCGAUCAUCAAUUAUUACGCACAAAGGCCAAGAAGACAAUCGACUUCACAUUAACGGCAUAAUUGAAGAUGGUAUUCACUUACGAUCUUUACCUAGUCGGGUUCAUGAGAAAGUUAUUGAAUAUAAAAAAAAAUUUGAACCUAAUUUCAAGUCAGUGUUACAUUCAACCCGUUCACCUUUAACUUAUCACGUUGCCAUAAAAUCAAAUUACACAUAUAAGCCAAAGCAGUAUAAAAGUUUUAAAUCUUCUUCAGCUAUUCAAAAUUACUUCGGAGUGCACACUCAAGGGCGCAUAAAACGUCACUCUGAUAUACCUCCAAUAAUCGAUAAUACAGUGUAUCCAAAAAUCUUAGUAACUCUGGAUUAUGAGUACUACCAAUUAUUUCAUGACGAUGUCAACGAAUUAGCCAAGUAUAUGAUAGCUUUUUGGAAUGGAGUAGAUUUGAAAUUCAGAAGUAUGUUUGAUCCAGAAGUAAGAUUGAAUGUGGCCGGAUUUAUUUUACCCAAGGAACCCAAAGCAGUUUAUUAUAUGAUCGAAAAUCAUCGUCAUAGUGGAACAAUUCUGACUGAAGAAACGGUUGAGUCCAUUGGCCGUUACUUCAAACAUAUGACAGACAUACCACAUGAAAAUUACGAUGUUAUCGUCGGACUAACAAAUCGCAAUUUAACAGAUUCGACAUAUAUCGAUCCACUUUCGGAGAUCAAAGGAAUAGCUCAAAUUGCUGGAACUUGUUUCCGAGGACUCAACGCAGCUGUCUUGGUGGACGCUGGACUAGGCACCGGUAUACACAAUGCAGCACACGAAUUAGCUCAUACAUUCGAUGUGCAUCACGACGGGCCUGAAGCUGAAGAGGCAAGUGGAGAGAAUUGCGAUUGGAACGAUGGAUACAUAAUGAGCUACAAGAGGAAAAAUACGAAUUUUUUUUAUUGGUCAAACUGCAGCAUCGUCGCCAUGCAAAAAUUUUUCAAUGAUCCAUCGCGAUCGGCGUGCGUCAGACAUAAACCGAAUCCCGGUAAACUUUUCCCCAGCAUUUACCCAGGACACGUGGUGAGUCGCAAUAAGCAAUGCCUUCGCUAUACUGACGAUAAAAAAUUUUUUGCAGAAAAGAGUUCGCAGUCAAAUUGUAUGAAUUUAACUUGUAUUAAAUAUUAUCCAGAUAUCAUAAUGUACAGACACGUAAUUCCACUAGAUGGCACAUACUGCGGCGAAGGAAAAUCAUGCUUUGGUGGAGAAUGUAUUUUUGAUGUGAAUUCGAAUCAGGCGGAAUUAGACCCGGCCGAUAUCACGGAUUCAAGCGAAUUACCAGGCAAAAUCUUCACUCGAAAUCGUCAAUGUCAAUUUGCAAACAAAAGUUAUUAUUCGGAGAGCGGGGAUAUAGAAUCUGCCGCUGACUGUAAAAACCUAAUAUGCACUGACGGAGAGGAAAAUAUAAAAUUGCCUUAUCCACUUGAGGAUGGUUCUUUUUGUGGACCACGUCAGAUUUGUUAUGCCGGAGCUUGCGUUCCAGACCUAAGUGCUCCAGAACUUAAGUUUCCGGAUAAAGUUUACAGCCGGGAAGAACAAUGCCAAGAAAAAAGUUCUAAUUUGCACGCAUUCAAGGCGAGUACCUAUGCUUUUUUGAAAUACGAGCACGAUUGUUCAUUUUUACGUUGCAUAAAAGUUAUUAAUGAAAAGGGUGAUACUGUUAAUUUCGGUACAACUCGCUUUACCUAUCCUCCAGUCGACGGUACCUACUGUGGCAAAGGAAAGGCUUGUUUCGACGGAUAUUGCAUCGAUAACGAGCAUGCGGUGUACGAACCUAAUAAAGGGAAAAAUUGGGAACAUUUGCCAGGCAGAUUUUUUUCUCGUAACAAUCAAUGCUACUUUUUCAUGCGACAAAAUGAUAAAAGCCCUACGAAUAUUUGGAAAUCAAAUGAAGCCAUGGAGAACGUAUGCUCGCACUUAAGCUGUGAGUUUUCCGCUACUCCAGGAAAAAUGCAAAAUAUGACAUUCCCUCCAGUGGACGGUACACCGUGUGGAAAAAAACGGAUUUGCUUUGAUGGUGAAUGUGUUGAAGACAAAAAGCCAACAACAACAACGUGGAGCAAGUUCAAAAGCUUUUUCGGAUAA